CCCGUCCCCCAACAUGGCGGCGCCCAGGGGUACGAGCCGCAUGUGAUGAGGUCUGAGCUCGUGGGAGCCGGAGUGUGCAGAACAGUCAGCGGGGUUCCCUCCGUACCGUGGAUUGCAUUCCGUCACCCCCACUUAGGUCCUUGCGUGCCCCCGCCUCUCUGCAGCCAUGAAGACCAAGCCCGUCUCCCACAAGACCGAGAACACGUACAGGUUUCUUACAUUUGCUGAACGACUGGGGAAUGUGAAUAUUGAUAUUAUUCACCGGAUUGAUAGAACUACAAACUAUGAUGAGGAAGUUGAAACCUACUUUUUUGAGGGUCUGCUGAAAUGGAGAGAAUUGAACCUUACAGAACACUUUGGCAAAUUUUACAAAGAAGUUAUUGACAAAUGCCAGUCCUUCAAUCAGUUGGUCUAUCAUCAAAAUGAGAUAGUUCAGAGUUUGAAGACUCACCUGCAAAUCAAGAACAGUUUUGCCUAUCAGCCCCUUUUGGAUUUGGUUGUACAGUUGGCACGAGAUCUGCAGAUGGACUUCUAUCCACAUUUUCAGGACUUUUUCCUGACUAUCACCUCAAUCCUGGAGACUCAGGACACGGAGUUACUAGAAUGGGCUUUCACCUCAUUGUCCUAUCUUUACAAGUACCUGUGGAGGCAAAUGGUGAAGGACAUGUCCAAUAUAUACAGCAUGUACAGUACACUCCUGGCUCAUAAAAAACUACAUAUAAGAAAUUUUGCUGCUGAAAGUUUUACUUUUUUGAUGAGAAAGGUUUCUGAUAAAAAUGCACUUUUCAAUUUAAUGUUUGUUGAUCUUGAUGGACAUCCAGAAAAGGUAGAAGGAGUUGGACAGUUGCUCUUUGAAAUGUGCAAAGGAGUUAGAAACAUGUUUCAUUCCUGUACAGGGAAGGCAGUGAAACUAAUUUUGCAAAAACUAGGACCUGUUACUGAAACAGAAACUCAACUACCAUGGAUUUUAGUUGGAGAAACACUCAAAAACAUGGUCAAAUCCACUGUGUUCUACAUCUACAAAGAACAUUUUGGUACAUUUUUUGAAUGUUUGCAAGAAUCACUCUUAGAUCUACAUACAAAAGUAACCACAGCUAACUGUGAGGAAAGUUCUGAACAGAUAAAAAGGUUGUUAGAAACAUAUCUGAUACUUGUGAAACAUGGGAAUGGAUCAAAGAUAACCAAACCUGUUGAUGUUUGUAAGGUGUUAUCUCAGACGUUACAAAUAGCCAAUCUUUCUACAACUUGCCGGGAAACCCUCUUGGCUGUAAUUUCUGCCUUAAUCCUGGGUGAAAAUGUUUCCUUGCCAGAGACCCUUAUCAGAGAAACCAUUCAAAAAACUUUUGAGAGCAGAUUUGAAAGACGUUUAAUUUUGGAAUUUUCUGAAGUUAUGUUUGUCAUGAAGCAGUUUGAGCAGCUUUUUCUACCCAGCUUUCUCUUGUAUAUUGAAAAUUGCUUCUUGACUGAUGAGGCUACUGCCAAAGAUGAAGCUCUGGCCAUUUUGGCUAAGCUCAUUCUGAACAAAGCAGCACCUCCCACUGCUGGCUCGAUGGCAAUUGAGAAGUACCCUCUGGUUUUUUCACAUCAGACGGUGGGAUCCUAUUUAAGGCAGAAGAAGACUAGACCCAAGGGAGGAAAAGAACAGAUCCCAGUAUUGGACCAUCUCUUGUCUAUAAUUCAGCUACCCCCAGAUAAAGAUAUUACUUACCUCUCACAGUCUUGGGCAGCCCUUGUCGUGUUACCUCAUAUUAGACCUCUAGAGAAGGAGAAAGUGAUACCACUAGUCACAUGCUUCAUAGAGUCACUCUUCGUGAAUGUUGACAGAGGCAGCUUUGGAAAAGGAAACUUAUUUGUUCUUUGUCAAGCUGUAAAUACUCUGCUAAGUUUGGAAGAAUCUUCUGAACUCCUUCAUUUGGUUCCUGUGGACCGCGUGAAGAAUUUAGUAAUAACAUUUCCCUUGGAGCCAUCUGUGUUGCUGUUAGCUGAUCUCUAUUAUCAGAGGUUAUCAUUAUGUGGCUGCAAAGGGCCACUUUCUGAGGAAGCCUUAAUGGAAUUAUUUCCCAAGUUACAAGCAAACAUUUCAACUGGUCUAUCCAAGAUUCGGCUCUUGACAAUAAGGAUCCUAAACCAUUUUGAGGUUCGACUUCCAGAAAUGAUGGAGGAUGAUGGGCUUUCAGAGCGUCAGUCUGCCUUUGCUGUGUUACGCCAGGCAGAACUCGUUCCAGCAACUGUGAGUGAUUACAGAGAGAAACUUCUUCACUUGAGAAAACUAAGACAUGAUGUGGUGCAGGCAACAGUCCCUGAUGGGCCAUUGCAGGAGGUGCCACUUCGUUAUUUAUUAGGAAUGUUGUAUGUUAACUUCAGUGCCCUCUGGGAUCCUGUUAUUGAACUAAUAAGUUCUCAUGCACACGAAAUGGAAAAUAAACAAUUUUGGAAGGUCUACUAUGAACAUCUAGAAAAAGCAGCUGUACAUGCUGAGAAGGAGCUACAAAAUGAUGUCAGAGAUGAGAAGUCCAUUGGAGAUGAAAGUUGGGAGCAGACUCAGGAAGGAGAUGUUGGAGCUCUUUAUCAUGAGCAGUUAGUGUCGAAAACUGACUGUCGGGAAAGAUUGGACCACACCAACUUUCGAUUUUUGCUCUGGCGAGCUCUGGCAAAAUUCCCAGAGAGGAUAGAGCCACGGUCCAGGGAACUCUCCCCACUUUUCUUGAGAUUUAUCAACAAUGAGUAUUACCCAGCAGACCUGCAAGUUGCUCCGACCCAGGAUCUGCGAAGGAAAGCCAAGGGGGUGGCAGCAGAGGAAGUAGAAGAGGAACCUGCUGCUGGAGAUGAUGAAGAGCUGGAGGAGGAGGCGGUGCCCGUAGAUGAACCCUCACAGAAGAAAAAGACCAGAAGAGCUGCAGCAAAGCAGUUAAUUGCUCAUUUGCAAGUUUUCUCUAAGUUUUCAAAUCCACGCGCCCUAUAUCUGGAAUCCAGAUUAUAUGAGCUAUAUCUUCAGUUGUUGCUACAUCAAGAUCAAACAGUGCAAAAAAUAGCCCUGGAUUGUAUAAUGACAUAUAAACAUCCACAUAUCCUCCCUUACAGGGAAAACUUGCAAAGAUUGCUUGAAGACAGAAGCUUUAAGGAAGAGAUAGUACAUUUUAGCAUUUCUGAAGAUAAUACGGUAGUGAAAACGGCCCACCGAGCAGCUCUGUUUCCUGUUCUGAUGAGAAUUUUGUAUGGCCGAAUGAAGAAUAAGACUGGCAGUAAAACUCAGGGGAAAUCUGCUUCAGGCACUCGUAUGUCCAUUGUUCUGAGGUUCCUCGCUGGGACCCAACCAGAGGAGAUCCAGAUGUUCUUAGACUUGCUGUUUGAACCUGUGAAGCACUUCAAGAAUGGAGAAUGCCAUUCUGCUGUCAUUCAAGCAGUAGAAGACUUGGAUUUGUCUAAAGUUCUGCCUUUAGGUCGUCAGCAUGGUAUCCUAAAUAGCCUUGAAAUAGUAUUGAAGAACAUUAGUCAUCUGAUCAGUGCAUAUUUACCAAAGAUUUUGCAGAUACUGCUAUGCUUGACAGCAACUGCAUCACACGUCCUCGACCAACGAGAAAAGAUACAACUCAGGUUUAUUAACCCACUGAAAAAUUUAAGACGUCUUGGAAUCAAAAUGGUAACUGACAUCUUUUUGGAUUGGGAGUCUUACCAAUUCAAAACAGAAGAAAUUGAUGCUGUCUUUCACGGCGCAGUUUGGCCCCAGAUCAGAAGGCUUGGAUCUGAGAGUCAGUAUUUUCCUACUCCUCUGCUGAAACUAAUUAGUAUCUGGAGCAGAAAUGCAAGAUACUUCCCUUUCCUGGCUAAACAGAAACCUGGGUACCCAGAGUAUGAUAUCCUAACCAACGUUUUUGCAAUUCUCUCAGCAAAGAAUCUCUCUGAAGCCACAGCCUCUAUGGUGAUGGAUAUAGCUGAUGACCUUCUUAACCUUCCAGAUUUUGAACCCACAGAAACACUUUUGAGCUUGCCAGUAACUGGAUGCGUAUACACAGAAAGUGCAGAUGAAUCUAUCACGAUGGGAGGACGAUUAAUUCUGCCUCAUGUACCUGUAAUUCUCCAGUAUCUCAGCAAAACCACAAUAAGUGCAGAAAAGGUGAAAAAGAAAAAGAAUAGGGCACAAGUCAGUAAGGAACUUGGCAUUCUAUCAAAGAUCAGCAAGUUCAUGAGAGACAAAGAACAAAGUUCUCUACUCAUUACACUUCUCCUUCCUUUCCUCCAGCGUGGCAAUAUUGCUCAGGAUACAGAGGUUGAUAUUUUGGUGACAGUACAAAACCUGUUAAAACAUUGUCUGGAGCCUACAAGCUUCCUCAAGCCUCUAGCAAAACUCUUCUCGGUUAUUAAGAAUAAGUUGUCAAGACAGUUGCUUUGUACAGUUUUCCAGACACUUUCUGAUUUUGAGAAUGGAUUAAAAUAUAUUACUGAUGUUGUCAAGCUUAACGCUUUUGAUCAAAGACAUCUUGAUGAUAUCAACUUUGAUGUUCGCUUCUCAGCAUUCCAGACAAUCACCUCUUACAUUAAAGAGAUGCAAACUGUGGAUGUUAACUACCUAAUUCCAGUUAUGCAUAAUUGUUUCUAUAAUAUGGAGUUAGGAGACAUGUCUUUAAGUGAUAAUGCCAGCAUGUGCCUAAUGAGUAUCAUCAAAAAGCUAGCUGCCUUGAAUGUCACAGAGAAAGAAUACAGGGAAAUCAUUCAUCGUUCACUCCUGGAGAAGUUAAGGAAAGGAUUAAAGAACCAGAUAGAGAAUAUUCAACAGGAUUAUACCACAGUGCUUUCCUGUUUAAUUCAAACCUUUCCAUAUCAACCAGAAUUUAAAGACUUGGUGCAGCUUACUGAUUGCCAUGAUCCAGAAAUGGACUUCUUUGAGAAUAUGAAACACAUUCAGAUUCACAGAAGAGCAAGAGCCUUGAAGAAAUUGGCAAAACAACUAAUGGAAGGCAAAGUUGUACUAUCUUCUAAAACUCUUCAGAAUUACAUCAUGCCUUAUGCCAUGACUCCAAUUUUUGAUGAGAAAAUGCUCAAGCAUGAAAAUAUAACCAUUGCUGCCACAGAAGUUAUUGGAGCUAUUUGCAGACAUCUCUCUUGGUCAGCAUAUGUAUAUUACUUGAAACAUUUCAUUCAUGUUUUACAGACAGGACAGAUCAAUCAAAAGUUGGGUGUCAGUUUGCUAGUAAUUGUGUUAGAAGCAUUCCACUUUGACCACAGAACUCUUGAAGAACAAAUGAGAAAAAUUCAGAAUGAGGAAAACACAAUAGAAGUGAUUGAGUUGCCAGAACAUGAAACCAUGGAAUUAGAGCAAAUGGAUGAGGAAGAGAAGGAAAACGAAUGUAAAACUUUGUCAGACGACAACAAGGAAUUAGAAAACCCUGAUCCAGCUAGUCGUGAAGAGACAUCAGCUAAAGAACCUGAGUGUAUCAUGGAGUCUAUCUCUUUCCUUCCUCGGAAUAAGGAAGAAUUGGAGAGAACAAUUAAAAAUAUCCAAGGAACGAUAACUGGGGAUAUCCUACCCAGACUCCACAAAUGCCUCGUAUCUACGACUAAAAGGGAAGAAGAACACAAGCUCAUAAAAUCUAAGGUUGUGAAUGAUGAGGAAGUAGUUCGAGUUCCUUUAGCUUUUGCCAUGGUUAAACUGAUGCAGUCCCUUCCUCAAGAAGUUAUGGAGGCUAAUCUGCCAAGUAUUUUGCUGAAAGUAUGUGCCCUCCUCAAGAACAGAGCACAGGAAAUCAGAGAUAUUGCACGCAGCACUCUAGCAAAAAUAAUAGAAGAUCUGGGUGUGCGCUACCUACAAUACAUUUUAAAAGAAUUACAGACUACCCUUGUCCGUGGAUAUCAGGUCCAUGUGCUAACUUUCACUGUGUACAUGUUGCUACAAGGCCUCACCCACAAGCUACAAGUUGGGGAUUUGGACUCUUGUUUAGAUAUAAUGAUUGAGAUUUUUAACCAUGAGUUGUUUGGUGCCAUCGCUGAAGAGAAGGAAGUGAAGCAGAUCCUCUCCAAAGUCAUGGAGGCACGAAGAAGCAAGAGUUAUGAUUCUUAUGAAAUCCUGGGCAAGUUUGUAGGGAAAGAUCAGGUUACAAAACUUAUCCUUCCAUUAAAAGAGGUCUUACAAAAUACCACAAGUUUAAAACUGGCCCGGAAGGUUCAUGAAACCUUGCGCCGAAUCAUCGCAGGAUUAAUUGUGAAUCAAGAAAUGACAGCAGAAUCCAUCCUGUUGCUCAGUUAUGGUUUGGUCAGUGAAAAUCUCCCCCUGUUAACAGAGAAAGAAAAAAACCCAGCAGCCCCUACAGCGGACCCACGCCUUCCACCCCAGAGCUGUCUUCUGCUGCCCCCAACUCCAGCGCGAGGUGGGCAGAAAGCUGUUGUGAGCAGGAAAACCAACAUGCACAUAUUUAUUGAGUCUGGGCUUCGGCUGCUGCAUCUGAGUCUGAAGACUUCCAAGAUCAAGUCUUCAAGUGAACCUGUUCUGGAAAUGUUGGAUCCUUUUGUCUCUCUUCUCAUAGACUGCCUUGUCUCCGUGGAUGUGAAGGUGAUCACAGGUGCUUUACAAUGCCUGAUCUGGGUCAUGAGGUUCCCUCUGCCUUCCAUAGAAACAAAAGCAGAACAGCUGACCAAACACCUUUUCCUGUUGCUGAAGGACUAUGCAAAACUGGGAGCUGCCAGGGGCCAGAACUUCCACCUGGUAGUAAAUUGUUUCAAGUGUGUGACCAUACUUGUCAAGAAAGUGAAAUCUUACCAGAUAACCGAAAAGCAGCUUCAAGUUCUACUAGCAUAUGCUGAGGAAGACAUUUAUGAUUCUUCAAGGCAGGCCACUGCAUUUGGUCUUCUUAAGGCCAUUUUAUCCAGAAAGUUAUUGGUCCCGGAAAUCGAUGAUGUCAUUCGGAAAGUAUCCAAGUUGGCAAUUUCUGCACAAAGUGAACCUGUCAGAGUCCAGUGCAGACAGGUUUUUCUGAAAUACAUUCUUGACUAUCCCCUGGGUGACAAAUUGAGACCAAACUUGGAAUUCAUGCUUGCUCAACUGAAUUAUGAACAUGAGACCGGGAGAGAGUCUGCUUUGGAAAUGAUCUCCUACCUCUUUGACACAUUCCCUCAGGGGCUGCUCCAUGAGAACUGUGGAAUGUUCUUUAUUCCUCUUUGUCUAAUGGUGGUGAACGAUGACUCUGCCAUGUGCAAAAAGAUGGCAUCCAUGACAAUCAAAUCUUUACUCAGGAAAAUCAACCUUGAGAAAAAAGACUGGCUCUUUGAUAUGGUUAUCACCUGGUUUGGAGCAAAAAAGAGCUUAAAUAGACAGCUGGCUGCCCUCAUCUGUGGCUUGUUUGUGGAAAGUGAAGGAGUCUCUUUUGAGAGAAGACUUGGAACUGUUCUUCCCAUGAUUGAAAAGGAAAUUGAUCCUGAAAACUUUAAAGAUAUCAUGGAGGAGACUGAAGAAAAAGCUGCAGAUCGCCUUCUGUUUAGUUUUCUUACAUUGAUUAGUAAACUCAUCAAGGAAUGUAAUAUUAUUCAGUUUACCAAGCCCUCUGAGACGUUGAAUAAAAUCUGGAGUUAUGUGCACUGUCACCUGAGACAUCCACACAGCUGGGUGUGGCUCACUGCGGCCCAGAUUUUUGGAUUACUCUUCGCCUCUUGCCAACCAGAGGAACUUAUUAGAAAACAGAAGACCAAAAAAACUAAAAAGAAACUCUCAGUACCCGUAGCAGUAAGAUUUCUAACAAAUGACCUUGAACAAAAGAUGAAAAGUAUCUCCCUAGCCUCUUGCCAUCAGUUGCAUUCCAAAUUCUUAGAUCAGUCUCUAGGAGAGCAGGUUGUUAAGAAUUUGUUAUUUGUAGCCAAAGUCUUAUAUUUACUGGAACCUGAAUCUGAGGAUCAGCAAGGUGAGAGGGAGGAACAAGCAGCUUUAGGAGAUGGUGUGGCCAGAGGGUCCUGUGCCGAGGAGACGCUGGACCCUGACAAAAAGGAGACCGAGGCGGCAAAGGAUGAGCACAGCAGGCCGGCCACGCUGCUGUGGUUGGUGCAGAGGUUGUCCCGGAUCGCGAAGCUGGAGGCUGCCUAUUCACCUAGAAACCCCUUAAAGAGAACGUGCAUCUUUAAGUUUCUUGGCGCUCUAGCCAUGGAUCUUGGCGCGGACAAGGUGAAGCCGUACCUCCCCGUGAUCCUAGCUCCUCUGUUCCGAGAGCUGAACAGCACCUAUUCGGACCAGGAUCCUUUGCUGAAGAAUCUAUCCCAGGAAAUCAUAGAGUUACUCAAAAAGCUGGUUGGGCUUGAGAGCUUCUCCUUAGCCUUUGCCUCUGUACAGAAACAGGCUAAUGAGAAAAGGGCACUCCGGAAAAAGAGGAAGGCUUUAGAGUUUGUAACAAAUCCUGAUAUUGCUGCCAAGAAAAAGCUCAAGAAACACAAAAAUAAAAGUGAAGCCAAGAAGAGAAAAAUAGAGUUCUUGCGUCCAAGCUGUAAGACCAAGAGACAAAAGAGCUACAGCCUGAAAGAUUUAGCAAUUGUGGAAUGAUGUGCCCCCUCUACUGAUAAAGUAUCUCAAUUUACCCCAAAGCAUGAAUUUCUCAGGAUAUCUGCUGGUCUGAAAUCAUAGCAGGUUUUAUUAUUUAAGUUAAACUGGCAUAUAUUGUAUAUUAUACAGUUUAAUAGAAUCAUGCUCAGAUUUUUUAAAUUAAAACAUUUUCAUAAUUCUACUGUAUCUUCACUGUCUAAAAAACGUGACAGUAGUGAUAAAAAAUUAAGACAUUAAAAUAGCAAGACAGAAUGUAGAAGUUAGAAAUAAGUGAUUUAUAAUACUUUUAUGGAGAAAACUAGAAAACUUUAUUGAAAGGCAUUAAAAGAAAUCUGCACAAAUGGAAAAAUAACCAUGUUAUUUGGACAGGAAGAUCUAGUAUUUUAAGAAGUUGGAUCCCACUUGUUAAAGACCUAUCUGUGUAAAAUCCCAAGAGCUCUUCAUAUAAUCCUAACAGGCUGAUCCUAAAAUUUAUAUUGAAGAUUAAUUGAAAACAAGUCAUGAUGCUCUUAAAAAUGAGUUUUUAAAAGGGUGAGGAGUUUUCCCUGUCAGAUACCAGAAGUAAGUCACAAAAAGUGCUAUCUAUAGUGAACAUGGGUUAAGUUCUACAUGAAAGUUAAUUUGUGCACAUACAGCUGGGGUAUGGUGUACAGCAUUACAGAUAAUCAACCUAACAGUGCCCACGCUAUAGGAUAACUAUGAAUCAACAGACAGUCCAGUAGAAAAAAGUGUCGAAAGAGAGAAAUAGGCAUUGCACAGAAGAAAAAUAAAUGGCCCUUAAACAUUAA